AUGAAUCAGCGGCUGAAUUUGCCAGCGGGCUUCAGAUUCCAUCCCACCGACGAUGAGCUCGUGGUGCACUAUCUAUGCCGCCGGUGUGCGGGAGAGCAGAUCCCUGUCCCUGUUAUAGCUGAUAUCGAUCUCUACAACUUCGAUCCAUGGGAUCUUCCCCAAAUGGCACUAUACGGUGAAAAGGAGUGGUAUUUCUUCUCCCCGAGAGACCGGAAGUAUCCCAAGGACUCGCGCCCAAACCGGGCUGCAGGGACCGGCUACUGGAAGGCCACUGGGGCCGAUAAGCCCAUUGGCAGGCCCAACACCCUUGGCAUCAAGAAAGCUCUCGUCUUUUACGCUGGAAAAGCCCCAAGAGGAGUCAAAACCAACUGGAUUAUGCACGAAUACCGCCUGGCCAACGUCGACCGAUCUGCAGGAAAAGCCAACAAUCUCAGGCUCGAUGAUUGGGUCUUGUGCCGUAUAUACAACAAGAAAGGGACAAUCGAGAAGCACUAUAAUGUGGACGAGACGGACGUGCAGUUCUCAGACAGCGAGGAGGAACAGAAGUCCAACGUCGGCUCGUUCGGUGACAUGAUACCACACUUUGACCUCUCGGCCUCGAUGCAAGAAUUGCAUAGAGACCCGAGUAGCGAGUUUGCAUGUGGUAAUAAUAGUAAGGAGGUCCAGAGCAAGCCAAAGUGGAGUGACCUGGAAAAGUCGCUCAAUUUUCAGCUCGGUUACAUGGAUGCGUUUGGGGAUGACCCGUUUGGGUCCCAAGUGCAAUAUAAUGAUCACUACUCCUCCAUGUUCUCUUCGUACAUGCACAAGCCUUUUUGA